AUGUUGUCAUUGCAUCCAACGGUAGAAAAAGGACAGCACAUCAACUAACUGGUACCAUAUCAUACACAAACCUUCGUCAAGAGGCCAACCACAACCUCAUAUCUAUUGAUUGUAGUAGAGUAGAGUCAUGGCCAAGCAAGCGCUUUUGGACGUUCUGGAGCAGACAAUUGGAAAAUAUGUGAAAGAUUUGGAUGCGGAAAACUUGAAUUUGGGUAUCUGGAAUGGGCAAGUGGAACUGAAUUCGUUGGAACUGAAUGUGGACGCGGUGAAUGCCGAACUGGACCGUCAAGCGGAAGAUCGACCCAACUUUAGUCUCCCGUUUCGAGUGAAUCGAGGAUCCUUUGGAAGUUUCCAAAUUGAUGUGCCAUGGUCUCGCCUCAUGAGUCAACCAGUAGUACUGAGGGCGCAUGGACUCACGGUCACUGUGGAAGCCCAGGAACGAGACAAUCAUCAUCAUAAUGAAGCUCCCGAUUCCACAAAGUCGCUCGACACAGACUUGAAACGACAAAAGAAAAUUCUAGAAGCCAGAAUAAAAUCCAUAUUCUCGGCCAAUGAAACGCGACUGCGAAAGAGGGCCAUGGCAGAACUCGUCGAUAUGGAGACCAGCAAAAACACUUCCGGCAAUUCGUCCUUUUCCUCUCGAUUGGUGCGACGCAUUAUUGAAAAUAUUCAAGUCGAAGUCAACGAUGUACACAUAUCACUGGAAAGUAGCGACUGUGCCGCGGGUAUUGUCAUGGAGUCCCUCACUUUCUUCACCACUGAUGCCAGAGGCAAACGCUCCUUUGUCGACAGAACUUCCGGGGAUAAGGGAAUCUCCAACUCAUUCCUAUUCAAGGCACUCCAAAUCAAAGGCCUGGGGAUAUAUCUGGACGAAGAUGACAAUAUAUUUUGUAGUCUGACAUCGGUCAGCGAGUACAGCUCCAAUGCUUCUAAAUCCCCCAAAGGACAUUCCUUCAUUCUGUCGCCGCUGUCUUUUGAAGCAACAUUACGACAAGCCGACAGCAAUGUCUGUAUUGAUUAUCCAAAGUACCUAUUAUCCAGCAAACUACCAGCCUUAUCCGUCAUGCUGUCCAAAUCACAGUUGGAGUUUUGUGCCCAAAUUGCUCAUCAGGUCAGCUCUGCGGACGGGGACAUGAAACCACUCUUCCCGGAAUACCGUCCACUGCGACGAGUCACCAAAGAAACGGCGAAAGAGUGGUGGAAGUAUGCCUAUCGCUGUGUCGGACGACUCUCGGGUCGCAGAGGCUGGAGAGACUUUUUCAUGGCAUUUAAACGACGGAAACUGUAUAUAACUCUGUACAAACGAGACUCUCAUCACGAAAAAUGCCAUUGGUUGGAACCCUUGCUGCCACAGGAGCUACGGGAACUUCAUGGAAUUGAAAAUGACCGGUCCGUGACCAUUGAUGGAAUCAUGGCGUGGCGAAACAUUGCCGAUGCACACUUUGAAAAGGAACAAGAAAAAUAUGACGCAACAAUAAACGCACAAAAGAAAAAGAAAACCAGAGCUCGAUCCUUCUUUUUUGGAACUACCACCACCGAGACGACUCCUUCCACAGCAAAUCCUGUGGAUGAUCAACCACCCAUUACGCUGAGCCCCGAGGAAAUGAAAGAGCUGGAAACCAUUAGCGUGACACAAAUGAAAGAGGAUGAACUCUCUAAUGAUUCCAAACUCUGCAACAUUCACUUUGUACUCGGUUCCUUCCGCAUCAACCUGACGUCCUACGAACUUCGGCCGCUUGCAGCUUUGAACAUGGGGCGGGUCUCGUCGGCAUUCAAGGCAAAUGCGGAUGGAUCGUUUGUCUUUGGGCUCAAAGUCUCGAGUCUAGACAUUCGUGACACGGUAACCCCACAAAGUCUUUACCCCAACGUCCUUUGCAGCUUGCGCAAGGAAAGUACACCCGGUGAAUCCGAGGAGGAUAUCUUCUCGCUCAGUAUGGCCAAGACCAAAGAGGGUGACCAAAAGCUCAACGUAAAACUUGUCAGCUUUCAAGCCGUCGCUUCUCCUAUUCUUUUGAAGGAGAUGAAAAAGUUCAUUACUAUCACUGGUGGACAGCAGCGUCGGGUCAAGUCGUCAUCCAGGCGAAAUCCAAUGCUGGCGAAAUCAUUGACUGGUUCAGUUGACCUAUUCUACGACGCCAUUGACGGCGGGGAUGAAGCUCCGUUGGCAAUCUCGAGUCCAAGGGGUCAAAAUGCAACAGAAGAGGCACAAUCUACAGCACCGUCUACCUUUUCAAAUGCACUCAUCGAGGCUUGGAAAACUAAAGCUGCCGCGAAAGCAUCCUGGGUGGCAGAUUUGGAUAUCAGGGCCCCCAUCCUUGUGCUGCCUGAAAACUGCGUAGAUGCCUCGGCAAAUGUUCUAGUUCUUGAUUUGGGGCAUAUGCGAUUUCGGUAUGGAACGAUUGACGAGUCCAGAGAGAUCAAAACGUGGUUCAUACGGCAUCCCAAAUUCGAUGGAAACGAGCCAAUCGUUGACAAUGGGAAUAUCACAAUAACAAAUUUGACUUUCAUGGUGACUGAAACAAAUGCCUGGCACAGAACUGUGGCAGCGCAUGGUUCCUCAAACUCCCCAUUAGUGAGCGAAGCGGUCGUGGAACCCAUCUCGAUCGCGUUUGAUUUCGCUAUUGAGAGCGUCGCCUCAGCUGAUGUCCCUCGUGGUUGCGCCAUUGGCGUUGUGCCUUCCAUUGUCCUGAGGCUUUCGCCAACUCAAGCUUCGAGAGUGCUCAAUGUCUACAAUGCUUGGACUCGCCUUAUCAAGGAGAGUACCAAGAACGAAGCCGAGAAAGAUUUGGAAGAUACUGACGACAAUGUCGACAGCGAGGACUCCAAGAGGGAGGAUCAGGGAGGAGAAGUCACAACGGUGCCUGUUUCAGGCGACCAAACACAAGCCGGAGGAGCAGCAGCAUAUUCAGUCUUCUACUUCUCGAUUUGGUUGCAAAGGCUUUCUGUGGUUGUCGAUUUUGGUGACGAAGGCGGGGUGGAUGCACACCUUGUCUCUGUUGAUGGGUCAUAUUCAUCCUUGUCAGACGGAGGUUCCGUUGCAAAUCUGUCAAUGGGUUGGUUUUGGAUCUUGGACAAGUUCCGCCGCCAGUAUGCGAGAAGGCAAAGGCUCGUCGCCCACUCUAGCCUUCCUUUGGCACCACAUCAAUUUGCAAUCGAUGAAAAGUACGCCAUUCUUGAAGAGUUGGAAAAAGCCGGUGCUUUCAAGGAACGGAGUUCUGGAGCAACCCAACAACUGGCAAACAUUACGUACACGAGCGUUGGUUCAAAUUGGCGAACCACCCUUGAGCAGGACAACCGAUACGCAGCGCCGGAUCCGUUUGUUGCUGGAGAGGAAGCAACAAGAAUAAACGCAAAGUUUUCUAGCCUGUAUAUCCACUGGAAUCCCCAAGCAGUCAAAACGCUUACAAGCAUGCUUGGGAAAUUCAAUGCUUUCCUCGAGGCUUCAACGAGCGAGCCCGAAGAUCCGCUCUUGAUCGUUGCAGCAGGCUCGAAGGCCAAGCCGAAGAAGCUUACCGCAAGAUCAAGAGCUAGUCGCAGUUCAGGUCGUGACGGUGCUGGAAAAGACUACGGCUACUUCCUCAUCAAUGCUGAAAUGAAAGGUUUUGAAAUUACGCUGAACUCUGCGAGAGACGACCUGCCACUUUUCAUUUUGACAAUGUCCAGGGCAAAGGUUGGCGUUUUGUCUUCCGAAGACUCUCUUUGUGUUUCACUCGCGUUGGGGGACCUUCGGCUUGCGACGCCGGAGAUGGGAGAGACACAAGCAGGAUAUAGGACGUUGCUUGGGCUUGCCCCGUCCCUCAAUGAAAGCCUGCUGUGUGUACAAUAUUGGAGUGGACCUGAAGCUAUGAAAGGGGUAACACUUGUCCGAAGUGACAUUGACAAGCAAUGCGAAGCCUUUACGGAUGUUGAACUCUCGCCCAUGCGGAUGGUAUACAUUCAUAGUCAGGUUAUGGCACUUGUCGAGUAUGCCACUGAGGGAAUCUUGGGUGCUUUGACGGCCCAAGCGGCUUCUUCGGCUGUCGCGGCUGCUGCGGACUUGGCAAAUGCUAGUGAUGCGUCCAAGCAGUACCAUGUGCGAGCUACAGCGUUUAACUUUGUUCUACCACAGUCGGCUCGAGCCGUUGGACACUUGUCUGUCCAGGCCGGUGAACUCAGUGUCGUGUAUAGAUCAUUUGUUGAUCCAUUGGGAGGGCAGGCCAGCAUUUCCCUGUCAGACGUUUCGUUGUGCGACAGCCUCGGGGAGAUGAUGCAAGAAGAGAAUAUUUCGGUGGCUUGUGAAGUCAAACUGCCUACACUUGGAGUUGGAACAGUUGAGGAUCAAGCCAUGCACGUUGAACUGGCAAUAUCGAGUGCUGCCUUCCUUCUAUCCAAAUCGCAAUUCGCCCAGAUCAUGCUGUCAUUGGAUCACAAUAUUUCUGAUUACGACCUGUACCUUCGGGACCCCACCGGUGAUGACGAGAUGAACGAUGAAAGCGAAUUUGCGCUAGAUCGUUGCGACAGUGACGAAGUGCAGUUGGGGCCGCUGACUCACGGUGGCGUCGCAGAGGUCAUAAUUCCUCGCAGAAUGGUCGUGACCGUAAAGAUCAGUGUCCUAUCGCUAGAGCUGUUGCGCACCCCGUUGCAGCCUUUGAUUCGAAUUGCCGCCGUGGAUGCAAACAUUGUGUACCUGUCCCUUUUUGAUCAGGAAAAACGAACGACGAUAGUUACCCUCGGGAACCUGGUUUGUGAUGAUCAGAGGCAAAAGGCAAUCCAACGACAAUAUCAGUCACUCAUCUACCAAGUGGAUCGACACGCCGAAAAGAAAGACGACAAGUCUGUUCAAGAUGUGUUCCAGGUUACCUACGAAAGCAUGGACAACGGCGACACAAACUACGAGUUGAUCAUCGGUUGUCCCAGGAUAGUUUUUGUGCCCGAUGUAGUGUCAGAAUUGCUCGAUUAUCUUCAUGUGGAAGGCAGAGCAUCCAAUCAAAGUGACCCACCUGAUGUUCCCGCCGUAGCCACGGACAACACCGACGACACGGAUUGCCAUGUUGACGAUGAAAAUGUCAGAAUAGACGAGGGCAAUGGCGGUGUUGAAGUGUCUCUGCACAAUCGCGCACGAGACCCCACGGUUGCUCGCAUGUCUGUGGCUGUCACGACGUCAAAAUGCAGCGUCGUCCUUGUCGACUUGGCUGGGGACCUAUCGUCUAUCGGGUCGCCUAGAAAAUCGCAGCCUGGCAGCCAAGUAGUCGAAAACUUGGUCUUCGAGGGUCGUGCAAACUCCAAACUCAUUCUUGAUUCGAGCACAGUGACCGGAGAGACGACAAACAUGGAGCUGAACUUUCAUGGCGAUGCCUUAGAGGUCUUCACUGCUUUCGGGCGCGACAUGAGAAGCCCACUGCAGAUUCUCGAGCCCGCGGAGUUCUCCGUAGUAAUGACACGAACACCACAACGGUUCGAGUUGAGAGCCGCCGCACUGACACCUUUUAAUGUGAGCUUUUCGAUGCGAAACUACGCUCUCAUCAGUGCGCUGAUAUCGGGGCUUGGUUUGAAGGGAGAGGCGAGCAGCGACGAUGAAGGCCAGCUCAGUGAUCAAGAUGCACGUCGGAUCGAACAACUUGCAACAAAGUUGGAACGAGGCAUGGACGAAAGUGUGAUGAGCCUGCGUCAUAGGCAAUCAAUGAGUGUUUCUGAAAAUUUCUUCCGGCGAGAUUCGGACACAGGUGCUAAGACCAACUUGACUUAUGCAGUAAGCAUCAAGGUCACCUUACCAGAGGCGAAUUUGGUUGUCAUAAACGACCUGCAGGGUUUGGAUGAUGCUCUGUUCCGGCUAACGAUUGCCACGCUAGUCGGAGGCGGCGAGCUGAGGAAAUGGCUAGCACCGAGCCCUGGAUUGAAACCGCUUACAACAUUCGACUGCCACGUACAUACUUCGAUCAUGGCUGACUACUUUGAUUCAAGGACAAAUCUGUGGAAGGAGCUACUUACCAAACCUUGGGAACUUGCGCUUCGGGGUGCACGGGGUGCCAGCAAGCGGUUUCAAUCUGAUCGUUUGAGCACAACCUUCGACAUCGAGUCCUUUCCCUGCUGCCUUUCAUUCUCUGAACAGUUCAUCGUCAGCAUUACAGCUGCAAGCAGAAUGUGGUCUAUUUUUAGUCUGGCCACAUCGUCGACGGCGUCGCUUCUGAAGGAGGUCAACGUUGGCUCCGACGCCCAUGACUCUGUUGCCGAGAGGGGUGCGGCUGCAAGCGCUGCCAGAAAUCUGAUAACGACACUGCCAUACGCCCUUGAGAAUCAUUAUGGGCUCGAUGUCGACUUUAAGUUGUCGGGUACACGGGCAGACCUGCGCACUUGCAAGAGCGGCACCAUGCAAUAUUUCAGGUUCGAGCCGCCCGUCAAGCUCGGAUACGGAGGCCAGCGACUGUAUGGCCAAGACGUUCUGGACGAGAAGUCUUUGCAAAUCUUCAUUGGUGGCACCGUCGUGGCUAUAAUAGAUGACUUGGAUGGAGAAGUUGGAAAGCCAAGAAGCGCACACAUUGUCAUUUUGGAUCAGACGGAAUGCGUGCUGUUUACAAAUGUACAGCAGGAAGGCAAAACCAAGGUUGUGCAUCUGAGCAGUUCAGUUAAUAUGACCAAUAUGACCUCCCUUCCGCUGCAAAUAGCUCUGCUGCGACCAAAAACGUCAACGUGGCAAGAUGUGGGCGUGUGUGAACCAACCACAAAGUCGGGUGGUGAAAGCGCGGUGUCUCUGCAACCAACUGGGACUUUCAAUCUCCAAGAUGGCAUGCUUUCAAAGUCAUCCAAGAGCUUUGGUAUCAGAGUUGAGGCCCUCGAGGACUUUUUUUCUACCUGGAAGAAGAAUGCCGCCGUUGACAUUGUCAUGUCAGUAUCACCGAAAUUGUCGGAAUGGCACUAUGAAAAUCAUGCUGAAGUUCACGGGCGGUUGGAUUUCCAUGCUGUCCGUGGAAUCAUCCAUGCAACCGAGACGAACUCUAUCAAAACGAAAUUCGAUCUUGUGUGCCGAGCACGUACGAUGGAGCGUGGACGUGCGGCCGAUUCGUUUGUGGUACAGGUCACAGCCGAGCUUUGUUUGGUAGACGAUGAGCAUCUUUUCGUGGACGUUUUCUUUGAACCACGAUCGGUGAUUGUGAACACCAUGCCAGUACCCAUCAGCGUACAGACUCCGAUGCCGCACACGCACAGCUCCUUGUGUCAGCACGGUAGCCGAGAGAGCAUUCAUGAGGUUGCCCCUGGUUCAACCAUCGAGGUCUAUACGCCUGGUCCGUCCAUUGCUGUAAAUAUGCGAUGCGCCGACAUGCCAAUCGCUGGAACUCCCAUGGGUUGGAUGGAAACCUGGAUCGACUUGCCUUUGACGCCAGAGUUUGGCUUGGCAGAACCCUUGCGAUGUGUCUUUCCAUUCGAACGGAACAAAAACCCAUCUCAAUUGGGCGGUGGGUGCGAAUUUUUCGUGGCAGACGGCAACACCGACCUUUCGUCCUUCUUUCACGACAUUGCCGAAGGCGAAAUGAACAAAAGAGCCAGCGUUGCCGAGUCGUUUGGCAUGGAACUGUUUGCGACCAGUGCUGACCAGGAUUUCCAGCGAGCUUUCUUCAUUACAGUGUGUAACUACCUUGUUGACCACACUGGCUCCGUCCUCAUUGAGCAGUUUCUGGGCUUAGAAGGCAAACAACCCUCGGUCCCAUACAGCACAUUUGCAUCGGCCCUUCAUCAUGGAAGGCGUGUUACCCUUCUUCCAAGGUCAACUAUUCUCUUCCAGCUGUUGCAUCUGACGAUGGAUGGCGAAGAGGGCAUCAGAAGAAGUCUUGUUUUUCAAAUUGACAAUAUCGCCAUUUGCGAAGGCGGCAUCGCGUCGACACAGCUUCCUUGGGAUGAUAAUACCCAAUCUGGAUUCUUUGCAUAUCGACGACUCGUCACAACCGAUCAAAGCGAGGUUCAUGUCAUCCCUGAGUUCAUUGUUUUUAACGGGAGUGAUGAGCACACUAUUCAAGUGCGGCAGCCAGGUUACGCAGACAUUGUGGUGCCGCCCGGAAAGAUAAAGCCGGUGUGGGUGAAGGACCGAACCAUGGGAUUGAUUAUGUCUCUAGAAUACACAGACAUGAAAGGCUUCACACCACCUAUGCGGGUUGACAAUCUUGGAUUGCGUGUUGCUGUUCUCAAGUCGUAUCAAGGAUAUCCUCUGGGGUCGGUCGCACUCCAAACUGUUAUUGGUGCCAAAGACUCAAAGUUUGUUGUAAAGAUUGGAGAUAUCAAGCGUGGGUCUCUGGAGUCUGCUGGGUAUUCAGGAGAUUCAAUUAUUGAUAUGAGACGAGACUUUCUUAGAUUUCGAAUCCAGGCAAGUGAGCUAGAAGUUACUCUGAAGGAGUACGUUGCCAUGCAAAGAGUGCAAGCCGAGACCCAAAAGCCCUUGAGGCACAUCCCAAUGCUUCGCAAAAAGCCCUUACGGACUAAGAGCACCCCGCCGGCAAAGCAGCAGAAAGAGAAGGAGACUCCAGUAUGUACAUUUUUGCUGCAGCGAUUUACAGUUGACUGGCAACGUGUCUUCAAGGAUGAGCUCGCCGCUGAUGAAAAAAGCCUUCGAAAGAGUGUCUUGAUUAGUCCAGAGCGGUCGCAGCUAUCACUUGUGAUUCACAGCAUCUUGAUCAAAGAUGAAAGGCCAGAAACAGUGUACCCUGUGGUUUUCAAUUCAACCUCAACUGCAUCGUUUUUGGAUCUUUGUGUGCGCAUUCGAGGACCAUUGGACAGUGACCUGAUCAAGGUUGAUCUCGUCGACAUGAACUUGGCUCACGUGAAGGAAGUUCCUCAAAAGAUGUUCUUGAACACAAGCGAAGACUUCCUGUGGAAACUGUUGGACGUUGCGGACAGGAUUGGAUCCGCCACAGCGGAACUCGCCAGUGAUGGAAUGCAGCUGAAGUGGGACAUGGAGCAUGGAGGAUAUGUGGUUGUUGUUGACAACACGGACAUGGGUGACGAAUCGAACUAUACACCUCCGCGAACAGGCAGUAUCUAUGAUAUCAACAAAGCAAGGGUGUCACCUUUCACUCUGAUUCUGAGUUUCAAACGAAACCCUCAAGCCUCGAGAUAUUCCAACCAGAAUGUCAAGGGAGGCCAGAUUGUCAAGUACUUCACUCAACGACUCAAGUUCAAGAUUGAGAAUGCAGAUUUGACCUUCUCCAAUUACGAAACCAGCAAUUUGAGAGGUCCGUCAGACAGACUGGUGGAGGUGCUCCAAGCUGUGUACCUGUCGAGAAUCAAGAUGAAGCUUGUUUCCAUCAUGGCCGCUGCAACUUUCCAGGACUGGAGAAGUCUUGCAAGUAGGGCCGAUGGAGAUGAUACCUUUGUUGAAGGAGACCUUGUCCGUGUGACUGGCAACUUGGCUGGGAAGACAGCGAAUAUGGUUUUCAAGAACACGGGCAAAGCUCUUGGCAAGGGCGUCACCUCAGUCACCAACACUGUAGGGAACACCUUUGAGGAGGCAACUGGAAUUGUAGGAGCCCGAUCUUUUGGUGCGGGUGUCAACUCAAUCUUGAGCGGUGUUGGAGGUGGCUUGGGCGAUGGGUUGACAGGAGUUGGAACUGGUGCAGGCAAAGCAGUUCAGGGCUUUGGUAGAGGAACUGGGCAAGUCAUUGGAGGAGUCACAGGUGGCAUGCUGCUUGUUGGAAAGGGCAUUGGCCAAGGUGUUACACAAGGAGAUGGAAAAGCGCUGGUAUCUGGCUUCUCCAAGGGGCUGACUUCGGUGGGAACCGGCGUAGGUCAAGGUGUCGGUACUGCCGUGACUGGAACAGCCGAUGGAGUUUUGUCAGUGGGCAAAGGAUUGUUCUCCGGUGUCAGGACCAUUGGGAAAGGUAUUGGAGGUGCCUUUGUUGGCAAAAAGGAAGACAACAGCAAGGGGAGACGAAGAUCGUCUACUAGGAGUUUCUCAACAGGAUGCGCUUGUCUCUCCUGCUCAUCUUUCUUUCCUUGAUAUUUUUACAAAACGUCCGGGCAGCUGCAGCGCGAGCUACUAGCUAAUUAGAACUCCACAUAUCCACAAAGGCGUCAGACUCAGGAUCCACACAUCCAUAGUGAACUAUCCGAACAUCCAAGGGAAGCUCGUAUGAAGAGGCCAUGUGCAAUGCUUCCCCCAUGCUUUGCACAAUCCAGCUAUGCUCAUUUCCGAAAACCCCGCCCCCUACCUUGGUGAGGAAAAUGGGUUGUGGUUCACGACCCUCCUCAAUAGCACGAAGAUACUCCAAUACCCCCACCAAGAAAGUAGCUUUGUAAGUUCCAUUCAAGACGACCUUGGCCACUGGUUCCCACCGCUUUGUGGAUAGUAGACUGUAGGAAAUGGAGAUUGCCGAAUUGUAGGUUUGUGUCACCAACCGGACACUGUCAGCAUCAUCAGUCACUUGACAGUCCUGCUGAACUCCAAUUCGGAGUCGUCGAAUCAUCUCGUCUGCCACGGCUGGCUCCCUUUCCAGUAAAUCGUUGACGGGUUGCAACAAGGAUGGAGCGGAUUCCACAUAACCAUUUUUAACUCUCCAAGGUUCAGAAAUGCCGUGCUGCUCCUCCAAAUACGUUUCAAUAUCUUGCAGAGUGUUGAUUUGGUGGCCUUUUGUUUGUCCUCGCUGCUGUUCCUCCCCAGUAUUUGUCACGACUGGCACCAGAUAGUUCCUAUAUGCCGUUCCCGAGGCACACGCAAUGGCACAUGCCGGACCUUGUGUUCGAUCAAAUUCAUACCCAGUGAUUCCUUUUUCAGGGGUGACUCCAGGACCCACCAUUUCCAAUAGAUUGAAUUGAGAAGCCGCCUGGACUACGGCAUGUUGCUUCAACUGACAGUGCAUAUCACGUGCUUCACCCACGCAAUUGGAAAGCCGGAUGACACCGCUGUUUGGAAUUAGAUUUCGUUCCUUGAGGGAAGAAUAUAGUUGGUCAACAUGCUGUUGCAGUUCUCCUACUGAAGGCAUCGAAAAGAGCCCGGCUGAUACGCUUCGCUUGCCGAUCUCAAAGGUACAUCUUUCUCGAGGGUAGAAUUCCAGCUCUUGGGCCUCAAAGCGUGCCAUUUUCAUCAGCCGCUUUUGAGUUUUGGCAUAAGCCAACUCUCGGAAGCCAAAGAGACGAGUGAAGAAAUCUUUGCUAGCAGAUGAUGAAAGCAUUGUCUUGGUGGGGCUUUUGGUCGACGACAGCUGAGAGCCCAUUGCCUCCGACGCUUGUUUCUAAAAGUAAUGGACGCGAAGGAAAAAGGCAGGCUCAGUCGUGCA